CGUACAACAAGGGAGCAUAACUGGGUUUGCACUGAUUUCAGUUACUGUGUUAUGGGACGGAAAGUCGGCCUCAGGUGGAGGACUAUAGAUGCUGGAAUCUGAGUGAAGGGGUUCUUCACAGGAAAGAGCUGCAUCAUGCUUGCCCUGAGAUUUAGUCAAUCACUCACUCAUUGUUAAGUUGAUGCAGUUUGACAAUGAUUGGAUUCCUUAAGAAGUCACAUACAGUCCUUAAGGACACAAGGAAAAUAGAGAAAACCUAUGAAACGGACCUACUGGGAGACUCUCUUGAGACGGUCCUUUCCAAGAAAAGUGGUCAAAGGGCGUUUCGGGACUUUUUGAAAACGGAGUUCUGUGAGGAAAACCUUGAUUUCUGGCUCGCCUGUAAAGAAUAUCAGACGUGUGACAGUCAAGAGAGACGGACACAGAUGGCAGCGAGGAUUUAUGACGAGUUUAUCAGGAAUAACUCCCCCAAACAGGUUAAUCUGGAUUUCCACACUAAAGAGACAAUCAGACAGAGUCUGGAAAAGCCAAGCUUGUCCUGCUUCAGAGUGGCAGAGAAGAAAAUCUACAUCCUGAUGGAGAACUGCUCCUUUCCACGCUUUAUUGAAACCGAGCCUUACAAGAUCUUUAUGAACUCCAUUUCUAAACAGACAGGCAUCAAGAGAAACAGAGUGGCUGUGAGAAUUAAGAGUCCUGUGGAGGAUUUCAAAGUGAACCCACUGCUGCUGGUGAGCAAGGACUGACUUCAUGGAUGAGAUCAAUGGUAUGAUAAGCUGCUCAGAUAGACUGACGAAGUGAUGAGGGUCAAAAUGCCACGCAGUCACUUCCUCAUCCUGCAGAAUAUCACAGGAGCUUCCUGAAAGACAAGACAAAGAAGUGGGCAGGAGUUAUCAGCUCAAAUGAAGCUUUUCUUUUUACUCUGCAGCUGCUGGCUCAGCCUGUACAAUAGUUUUAUGAUAAAUAUAUAUAUAUUUUUUUUAUUUUCUGAGU